UCGAAGGGAGUGUGAUUAGAAAGAAGGAGGAAGCGCUAUGGCUACUAGAUCGAUACUAGAGAUCGAGGAACUUAUUUCAUAUGUAUUUAAUCAACUAUGUUAUAACUUCUAAUUAUAGUCACACAUCUGUCAUUACUUUAUAAUACAUAUUUUUCUAAGUUAAAAGUACUAUCGUUCGUACGUCAGAUACACUGUUUGUGUGCGACUAUUCUCGAACUAACCUCUUUACAUCGCAUUCUAAAUUAUGAGAAUCGAACCAGUUGAUCGCACCAGUUGAUUUGCUAAUUGUGCGCUAUAUAAUUACCGUUUAUAUUUAAACAUUACGUAACUAUGACUUCAAGUUAAAUGCGAUACUAUUAUUUCAAGCUAUUCGAAUUUCGUCGUGUUAUAGAAGAUAAUUAUGUUUGAUCAAAGAAUCAUAGCAAUCUGCUUUGUCGUGUGUUUUGUAAUAGUAUUUAACUUUUCUCUUCAUCGUAUCGAAGAGGGUCAUGUGGGGGUAUACUUUCGGGGUGGCGCACUGUUACCCCAAGUGAGUAAUCCAGGUUUUCACAUGAUGAUACCGUUGCUGACCACAUAUCGCGCGGUUCAAGUAACUCUACAGACGGAUGAAGUAAAGAAUGUGCCAUGCGGAACCAGCGGUGGUGUAAUGAUCUACUUUGAUCGUAUAGAAGUUGUGAAUAUAUUGGAUGCAAAUAGUGUUUACAAUAUGGUGAGAAAUUUCACAGCUGAUUAUGAUCGCACGCUAAUUUUUAAUAAAGUGCAUCAUGAAUUAAAUCAAUUUUGUUCUGUGCAUACGCUCCAUGAAGUGUACAUUGAUUUGUUUGAUCAAAUUGAUGAAAAUUUAAAAACUGCACUUCAAAGGGACUUGAAUGAAUUAGCGCCUGGUCUCAAUAUACAAGCUGUAAGAGUAACAAAACCAAAAAUUCCUGAAACAAUCAGAAAAAAUUAUGAAUUGAUGGAAGCAGAGAAAACAAAGCUAUUAAUAUCUACGCAACAUCAAAAAGUAGUUGAGAAAGAUGCUGAGACUGAUCGCAAGAAAGCUGUUAUCGAAGCUGAGAAGGAAGCACAGGUUGCAAAGAUUCAAUAUAAUCAAAAAAUCAUGGAGAAAGAGUCUCUGCAACAAAUGGCUGCGAUAGAAGACGAGAUGCAUUUAGCGAGACAGAAGAGCCGUUCAGAUGCCGAAUUUUACCAAAUGAAAAUGCAAGCCGAAGCGAAUAAAAUACUUUUAUCUAAGGAAUUCUUAGAGCUUAAGAAAUACGACGCAUUAGCGCGCAACGCGAAAAUAUAUUACGGGCAAGACAUUCCAAAAAUGUUCACGUUCGGCGGUUGCUCAAAUGAUCACAAUUUUGUUUCCAGUACAAACAUCGAGGAGAAACAAUUGUGAGAACCAGAUAAUACUGUAAUACGUAUCUUUCUUUCUUAAUUAUUAAUAUACGGAAUGAAAUGAAUGGAUUUUAUUUUCUCAAACCGAUACUUUUAUAUGGACACUCUUCUACGAAAUAUAAAUUGCAGAGUUUUGAAAUUUUCAUAGUCGUGCACAAACAACUUUUUAAUCUUUAAUAUAUAAAUACAGUAUACAUAAUGAUAGGAAUCAGGAGUGUUACUUAUUUCUUUAAAUUGCGUGUGGAAUUAAGAGUUUGUAUGAAUAUAUUUAUUAAAUUUGUACAGAGAUACAUCAUAUAUGAAUAUACAUAUAAUCUGCUCUCUUUUCACUAUUUAUUAUUAUAUUACUUACAGAAGUUGCUUAUAGAAGAACAGUUUCCAAAGUACAAGACAAUACAGCAUUAUGUAAUAAUUAUAUAAUCAUUAUAUCAAUAAAUAAGGAUUGUGUACGUAAAAAA